AUGUGGAGUGGCUUGUGGCUGUGGCCCCUGGUGGCUGUCUGUACUGCCAACACGUUCCGGGAGCAGGCGGAGAGGAUUAUGCAAGACACUCCCGUCAUCGACGGGCACAACGACCUGCCCUGGCAGCUGCUGAAUAUGUUCAACAACCAGCUGCUAGAUAAGAGGGCUGACCUGAACACUCUGACCGGCACACACACCAACAUCCCCAAGCUGAGGGCUGGCUUUGUGGGUGGCCAGUUCUGGUCUGCAUACACUCCAUGUGACACCCAAAACAAAGACACUGUGAAGAGGACACUGGAGCAAAUAGAUGUCAUUCACCGCAUGUGCCAGUUGUACCCGGAGACCUUCAUGUGCGUCACUAACAGCUCAGGCAUCCGGCAGGCCUUCCGGGAGAGGAAGGUGGCCAGUCUCAUUGGCGUGGAGGGAGGCCACUCCAUUGAUAGCAGCCUGGGUGUCCUGCGGACGCUCUACCACUUGGGCAUGCGUUACAUGACCCUCACCCACAACUGCAACACGCCCUGGGCUGACAACUGGCUAGUGGACACAGAAGAGGAUAAUGCCCAGAGCCACGGCCUGUCACCGUUUGGGAAGCUGGUGCUGAAGGAGAUGAACCGCCUGGGCAUCAUUGUUGACCUGGCCCACGUGUCUGUGGCCACCAUGCGGGCCGUCCUGAGCCAGUCAUCAGCCCCUGUCAUCUUCAGCCACUCCUCAGCCUACAGAAUAUGUGAACACCGACGCAAUGUGCCUGACGACGUGCUGCAGCUGGUGAACCAGACGGGCAGCUUGGUGAUGGUGAACUUCUACAACGACUACGUGUCCUGCAAAGGCGAAGCCAACCUCUCUCAAGUAGCAGACCACCUGGACCACAUCAAGAAGGUAGCGGGUGCUGGAGCAGUGGGCUUCGGUGGGGACUAUGAUGGCGUAUUGAGGCUGCCUGCAGGCCUGGAGGAUGUCUCCAAGUACCCAGACCUGGUCGCUGAGCUGUUGAGGAGGAACUGGACAGAGACAGAGGUCAGGGGUGCCUUGGCCAACAACCUGUUGCGGGUCUUCGAGGUGGUGGAGCAGGUGAGCAAUCACACGCAAAAUCCUGAGGAGGAGCCCAUUAAUCUGGACAAGCUGGAAGGUUCCUGUAGGACCCAGUACGGCUACUCAGCGGCCCCUGGCCUCCACCACCAGUGGGGGGUCCUGCUGGCUGCCCUUGCCCCCCUCCUACUCAGCUGGUGCCUACUAUGAGGCCCUGGGGACCAGAAACCACCCCAGGGGUCCUGGAGCUGAGACUGGCUGAUCCGGGGACCUGACACCCCAGGGCCCCACUACCCACCCAUGAGGCCAGCUUCCUCAAGCUCAGGAUGCUGGACACAUGGGACCCUCAAUAAAAGCACUGCCCCUUUAAGUCCUGAGGGUGUGUGUCAUCAGCGCCAGCCCUGAGUAGGGAGGGAGGGCUCCUGAACCUCCUGGGGGCAAAGCGUAUGAAAAUGGCCCCUGGUAGGACGAGUCCCCUCCUGCUCUUGGAAUGUCAGGACCAGAAGGGCUCAGGGAGCCUGAAAAGGAGCUUCACAUAGACACUAAGGGUCUCAGACAGUGUCCUGGCUCAAGCUGCAACCUCCCCAUAUGCAAGUGUGACUGCAUGCACACACACACCUAAACACACGUGUGCACACAUAUAUCCAAGUACACAUGCACUCACUCACUCAUACACACUUGUACUCAUACACCUACAUGCACACACACAAAUGCACGUGCACACAGGUACUCAUACACAUACAUGUAUGCACACACGUGUGCACAUACGUCAUCUGUCAUGACUCAGUAGACCUGGGAGGCCAGGGCCCAGGAAUCUGAUUUGCAAAACUAUCCCUUUCUGGUCACCUUGGGCCUCACUAACAAAGGGCUCGCCGCUCCCUGGUCACUUUGGGUCUGUCCAGCGGACCCUGCACAUCCAGAAGUCUCCAUACAAUUGCCCCAUGCUGGGUACCUGGCCUUGCUGUGCCCCCUACCACUGUCCCACAGACAUUUCUAGACCAACAACCUAGGGGGCAACAGAAAGGGAGGGAUUGGCCCCACAUGAAGCCCCAACCUGUACAUCCUCCCUUCCCCAGUCUGGGACAGGUCAGUGCACAGAGCACCCGAAAACACCUGCCUACAAACGCCAAUUUGCAUCCUUAAGGUGACCUGUCAGCCCAUCACAGGCCAUGCAGCACAGCCACGUUGGUCCCUGAAGUGAGGAGUGGGGACUGGCCACACAGCCUUCUGCACCUGGGCCUCUGACCUGACUUCACUGGGAGUUGUGGAAAGGGGCCAGCAGAGAGCAAGGACACAGGGCUGCCUUGGGAGACAGAACAGGCUCGGGGGGUUGCCCCCACAGCCUGCCUCCUCCCAGCUGGCCCUGCCCCUGGGUGGUGUAAAGCACCCAGAAUGGACAUUUGUGAGCAACCUGUGGUCACUCUGGACCUACUGUCAAAGGAAAAAGCAAAUAAGGGUUCCUGCUCAAAGUCCAGAUGCCCCCAAUCAACCCAGACCGUCAGUUUCCUGCCUGGGCUGAGACAGCAAGGAGACCCCUGGUGGACACCGUAGUCAUGACGUCCAACCUUGCUAACAAGAAAAGGCUCUGUUAUUCCUAAAGGAAAACCCCUGAAACACCCAGACAGGCCUUGUCUCAACAACACUUCUAGUUCUGGAAAGUUCCUCCUACAACAGCACUCACUCAUCCCUUCUCCCAACCUCAAAGAGAAAACAGCUGAUGUGUCUUCUGAAACACGAAGGCCUUCACUUGAGGAGGGGGAAGAAGUGCGCUCGCUUGAGGCCUAGGGGUCUGAGAGGCUGCAUGAGA